UAACAGUAUCUCUAUUAGGUUUUCAUUUAACUUUUGACUCGUCACUGUGAACAUAGUCGUUUAACAUGGCGCUUACGAGUUACGACAUGUGCGGAAGAUAACGACCAGUCUUUGUCAUUUUUGUUUCCAUUAAACACUUGGUACUGAAUUAAAACAAACUGUAUGAGCUUCUUUAACGAUUUUAGAACAGCUAGAUAAAGGUUAAGUGUGUGUUAAGGGUGAUAUUUUGUGUGUAAACUCGCCUACUGCAAUGGUUAAAACCAGACGUAGUAACGGAGAGAACGGGGAGGUUGAGGAUGAAAAUUACUCUCCAAACGAAGCUGCCAGUGUAUCAGAUGAGAAGGCCUCUAAUUGGUCUCAGAGGGAAUUAAGAAGUAGUCAUAUUAAAGUUAAAAGGAAGAUUCAACGUUGGCCAACAAAAUAUAACAGGAGUAGGCUCAGAGCGAUUAAGAUGCCUCGCAUCAUGUUUCCAGAGAGUGAUACUGAGCCAGAGAAAUACUCCAGAAGAUCACGUCAGGUGCGUGUAUUUUUUACCGAGGGCAAUGACACUCCAAAUAGGAGUAUGAAAAUCAGAAGAAAUGGUGGUGUGCGUAAAAAUUAUGGUGAAGAUAGUGAAGACAAACCGAUACAGCAAAACGUGCGUCGUAGCUGCCGUAAGCGGAAAUUAUUGCAUCACAACUUCAAUGAGAGCUGGAUCACAAAUGAAUUGAAAGUGAAAGGAUAUCCUGACCUCUAUGGGUUUCCUACAACAACCAGUUCAUCUGAUGAAUUCACUUCGGGUGAUGAGGCUAGGGUUAACAAGAGGAAAUUGAAUCAGUCAAGAAGAUCCACCGCACCGCCAAUAACAGAUGAAGAUACACAGUUGUCUCGACAGAGGAGAACAUCUGGUAGAGGAAAAAAUGUCAAGGAUGCAUCCGGAUCUGAAUCAGAAAAUGAGAAUAAUGAAACUGUUAUUGAGAAGAAACCACCGGAGCCAGUUAAAACAGAAGAGAAGAUGGAUACUUCAGAAACUCGGGUUAAAGAAGAGGAGAAGGAGACAAAAGAGACUGAAAACAAUGAGGAUAGUGAUAGCAAUCAACAAAAACCAGUACGCGGUACUCGCGGUAAGGGAAGAAGACAGCAGAAGAAAGAUAGUCAACAAGAAUCUGUAUCGGAAACAUCGUCAUCGGAGUCCGGUAGUGAGUUAGCGUUCCGGCCUCGACGCUCGAAGCGUACGCGCAAACCCAAACCGGCUUUCGUGCAAAUAACACCGCGACAGACACGCGGACGAGGUAAUGCAUUUACAAUAAGAAAAAAACCGUAUUCAUUAAGAGAGAGAAAUCCGAAAUUGUUACGUAGGAAAACGAUACGAUCUCAGUCACCUUCGUCGAGUAGUAGUACUAGCAGCACCAGCUCUGAUACGGAAGAACUCAACGUGUCCAUGAAAAAUAAGACCAAGGGGAGACAAAAGACGAAGUCCACAGAUGAUAAGAAGACUGACAGAGCUUUAAGAGAUAUACAGCCUAUUGAAGUAGAUGGAAGCGUGCGGUUUUCAUCGGUUGGAGGCCUAGAAGAACACAUAAAAUGCCUCCGGGAAAUGGUUCUAUUUCCCCUCAUGUAUCCAGAUUUAUUCCAAAAGUUCAAAACGCGGCCGGCCAAAGGCGUUCUGUUCCAUGGACCACCUGGGACGGGGAAAACUCUUUUAGCAAGAGCUUUAGCGAAUGAAUGCAGCCUUCUGGGGGGACGGAAAGUCGCGUUUUUUAUGCGAAAAGGGGCUGAUUGUUUGAAGAAGUGGGUCGGAGAGAGUGAGAGGCAUUUAAAGCUAUUGUUUCAACAGGCGAACAAGAUGAAGCCAUCGAUAAUAUUCUUCGACGAGAUAGACGCAUUGGCACCCGUGCGAAGUGUCAGACAGGAACAGGUUCAUACCAGUGUUGUGGGCACUUUAUUGGCUGAAAUGGACGGAGUUUGUGAGAGAGGUGAGGUGGUAGUAAUAGGUGCAACUAACCGACUGGAUGCAGUUGACCCAGCCUUACGUCGCGCGGGGCGUUUCGACCGAGAGUUGCAUUUCCCUCCGCCCCAUGCCCCAGCUAGGCGAGACAUAUUGGAGAUAUACACGAGAGAUUGGACCCCACGACCCAACGAAGACACUUUGAACUAUAUCGCAGAGGUCACUAAUGGAUAUGGAGGUUCUGAUUUGAAAGCGUUAUGUUCUGAAGCAGUCCUCAAGGCUUUGAGAAGAGUUUAUCCGCAGGUGUAUGAGAGCGAACACGCUCUGGUCAUUGAUCCCAAAAAUAUUGAAGUAACUCAAACAGACUUAGAAACAGCAAUGGACGGUUUAGUGGCGGCUGGCUCCAGAAGCAGUCCCGCAUCAGCUCGUCGUUUGCCCCAUUACUGUCGGCCGUUGUUCUCAGUGCAAGUACAAAGUGCGGCUAAUCUACUGCCUCCUAUGGAUAAUAACAGAUUGAAAGAGCUGCAAUCAUCGAACGUGUUGUUGAUAAGUGGGGAAUGUGCGGACACACACAUCGCUCCCGCGUUGCUUGCGGAGUUGGAAAAUCUCACAGUUAAAGAAUUGAGUCUGGCAACACUCCACUCGGCACUUGCCUUUACACAGGAACAGGCACUUAUUUCUCUGUUUUCGGAAUGUCGUCGUGCUGACCGCGGCUGUGUUCUCUUCAUCCGGGGCAUUUUAGAAGUGUGGGAGGCCUUACGAGGACCUGGAACAGCUCUGUUGGUGCAGAUGUGGAGGGCGAAGGCAGCCGGUGAUAACACGCUGUUGUUGGCCACUACUAGGCAUUGUGAUUUGCCUGACGAGCUCCGUGAAAUAUUCCCCGACUACAAAGACUGUAUAUACAGAGUGCGAGAACCUAACGCGAAUGAAGUUAUCAAUUUUUUGAAACCACUUAUAACUGAGAUUCCCUUGCAUCCGCCAAUCCUCGAAAAUAAUGAGCCGCCGCCUCCGUUGCCUCGAGCUCCGCCCCCUCCACCGCCCAGAGAGAGUAAAGAAGAGAUAUCUAGAAGAAAGAGAAAGGAGGAUUAUAAGUUGCGGGAAUUGAGGAUAUUUCUACGAGAUAUUUGCAGGAAGCUAGCGUCGAAUAGACGGUUUUAUAAGUUUACCAAACCUGUGGAUUUAGAAGAGGUGACAGAUUACCUGGAAAUAAUCAAACAACCCAUGGACCUGGAGACAAUGAUGACCAAAGUCGACAUGCACAAAUACAACUGCGCCAAAGAGUUCCUUGACGAUGUCGACCUCAUAUGUGCCAAUGCCCUUGAGUAUAAUCCGGAUAAGGCUAGAGGGGUUUGUAGGACAUCAUCAGAUAAGCAGAUACGUCACGAAGCGUGUUCGUUACGCGAUCACGCGCACGCGUUGAUUGACGUAGAAAUGGACAGUGAUUUUGAGUUGGAGUGCCAGGAAAUAGCGAGGCGGAGGCAAGAAGAUGGCAAUAAUGAUACGGAUUUGCCUGAUUUCAUAUAUACAGCUACUACUUUGCCCGGUUUCGAUUCAUCCCACAAUGACAGCAAAUCUAUGCGGACUCCGCAAAAUGGAGAGAAGAGCGAAUCGCAAAGCGCGAAGCGUAAGAGAAGACGGAUUAAUGCAUGGUCCAAGGGAUUGCUGGCUAAACGACCAAGGACCUCUCAAAGGAAUUUCAAAGACAGUCCCACAGCGAUAACAGACGAGGAAUGCAAAGAGAACAAACCCAUCACUUCCACUCCGCUACCAAAUGGAGACGCGUCCUCUUCGUGCUCUGAAGAUGACGUGCCUUUGCGAAGGCCUCCUGAUGACUCACUGCAAUUGGCUCAUACGGAUAACACUUUGAUCAGCACACCGAAGUCAUCGGAAAAAAUAACGAAAUCAUCACCAAAGAAAAGAAAUUCCGGUCAAGAUGCAUCUAGUGGAGAUGCUGAAAAACUACUGAUAAACAAGACUGAAUUAGAUAACAUUCUGUAUAAGAAUGCGAAAUCUCUCCGCGCUAUCGGCUUCGAGGCGCUUCUAGAUUUAUAUUCACAGCUCAAUCACACGAUACAAUUAUAUAGCGAUAAAUAUGAUAGAACGAAGUUGCCACACGAAUUACAUAACAUUGUUACUAGGUAUAUCCAGUUAGCGAAGAAAUAGAGCCGAGGUGUUGUAUUGGUUGACUGCUUUACCGACCGACUGCUGUCGGUAAAACAGAUUUUUGUAGAACGACAAAUCAAUAGAGUUAUUGUUAAAGGGUACAAAGACUUCUAAGCAUUAAAAGCUGAUUCAAUUUUUAAUACUCCAGGACAUUUAUAAAACAAAAUUAAGUAUUACGUAAGCAUUGUGGGGGGGGGGAUGAUUAUUACAUUACGUCAUCAGUAAUUAAUGAAAGCAUUUUCGAAGAUUCCUUCGAAAAUCCAUUCUAUUUUUAUUAGUUCGGAGAGUGUUUUUAAUUUGCAAAGGCUGUCUGUAUAUUCUAGUAGCAUAUUAUCUACCUCAUGUCGUAAACAUAUUUUUCUGUGGAAAAGUCACAAUUUGAAUUCUAAAAAAAGAAACAAUAACUCUAUUGGUUUUCCUUUUACAAUAAAACUCUAUAGGCUUGAUUAGAAUUUGGAAUUAUUUAUUUUCUUUUUUAUAAGAUUGCGUGAGUACAAAUGUUGAAGGUAGGUUUAAAAAAAAAAAUUCUCUCAAUUUUCAUUCAAAAUGGCGCGUUUACCCUUAAAUUAAAUUUUGCUACAAAUGUAAAAAAUGAGGGUACAAUUAAUUUUUGAUUGGAUAUUUUAAUACAAUUAUGAGUACCCUGGAUACUAAAACUGUAAAGGCCACAUUACUUUAUAUGUGUAAUAAAUUGAAAAGAAAAUAAGUUUUCGAUUUUUUAUAAGUUCCGUACCAAGGUAUGCAAAAAAAAUGUGACAUUCUCCGUCACUGUUUUUCAUACAAUUUUCGUAUAAUCAAGGGGUUAUUACCUCUGAUUAUUUUAAUUUGAAAAAAUGUUAAAUGGAGGGUAGUUUUUUCGCUAGCAACACUUUAGCUUGCAAGAUAUUGAUAUUCCUUACUAUAUAAAUUCGUAAAAUAAUUGCGAAUAUAUCGAUUUCGGUAUUAAUUAAGCCCCGUUAUCCGUGAUCAUCUCGUGUGGAAUUCUAUUUUCUAUAUAUUUAUCGCGCAAGGGUCUGCCUUCUGUCAGAAUGACAUUUAUCAAAAUGACAAUAGUUCAAUAUUUAUUCCUGUUGGUUGUUAUGUAGUUGAAACAAAUCCAAAGCCGUCCAAAGCAUUCAAAAUGUGUAUACUCUGAGAUAUUUUGACAGAAGGCAAAGUGCCGUAAACCUAUCCGAGUGGUGUCGGUUUGGGGCACGGUACUUAUCGUCUAGUUGUAUUAUUUACCAUUUAUUUAAGGGAAUACAUUAAGGCCGUCUUGAUAAAGAUUUUUUUACGUUUUCAAUAAAUGUAUUGCAAACGUUUAAUACGUACUUACGCUAAAUUAAAGGCGAUCCUGGGAUCAAAUCACAGGAAAACAAAUUUGGCAGUGGCAAAAUUUUUAAAAACCCCAAGUUCCAAUACGACAAUACAAGAACCCAUAUAAAGAUAGUUCGUACGUAUUAAAUUACAAAGCUCUUACUAUGUAACUUCCAAAAAGGAGUUUGAUUCCGCGAUUCCAAGGUGAUUUUCGCUGAUUGACAGCGAAAGAAACAAUCAAAAGCAUUGCCAAAAAUGGUUGUCAUUUAACUGUCGCAACCAACUUAAUCAGCCGUUCAAUUAAGAGCCUAGCCUUUUAACUAAACAAGGCCGUUUAACUGGCGGCCUUAAUUAUUAAACUGGCUGGGUAAUGCUUAGGCCAUUAAUACGACAAUACUUCUAGAAUAUAUGUGCAAGUAAUGAGACGCCAUCGAUCCAAGUCUUUUGCCUAGAUGUUUAAUUAACUGUCUGAAUCUUUCAGGCCGUUAGUUAAACGGCGCUGUUUAGUUAAAUGGCUAGGGUUUUAAUUGAACGGUUGAUUAAGCUAGUUGGCUACAUAACUACCGAAUUUAUUCAGUAAUGGUUUUUGAUUUUUUUUAACCAAUAUUUUGCUUAAAUAUAUACAAGUGUCGGAAUCGUUUUUGAAGUUACACGGUAAAGCUUUCGGUUUUAUUAAGAUUUUCCAUAUAAACAUAGUUCAAACCAAUUGUAGAUAGCCGUGGCAGUCUGUGAUAAGUCUAAAAUAGGAUUGUAAAUAAAACUUGCUUCGACAUCGUAUUUAUUAACACCAUUUAUUUAUAUGUUCAUUACUAUAGUUUUCUUCAUUUCCAUUAAAUUUUCUUUAAUUGCUUUAAAUUGUUUAUAAUGUAUUCAAUAAUUUAGUAUAUACUCGAAUAACUGACAUUGGUGACGGAAUAUUUAACUCAAGAUGACAACAGUAAUAUGUGUGUAUGUAUAUUUGCUCUGUAUUUCCAUUUUCCCAUAUAAAUAAAUAUGUACCUAUAAUCUUACAUUGCCAGUUUAUUUAUUUGAAAUUGCCACAUUUCCAUUGCCUCUUUAUUGCCACAUUCAAUAUCUAUAAAGCUUACUUAGACUAAGCCAAAUCUUCGCUUACUUAAGAGCAUGCUAAGCUCUUGCUCAGGCUUAUUAUUUUAGCGUUUUGAAAUAUAAGCUACACUUUAAAAAAUAGAUUUAGUUUUUCCUAACAAUAACGAAAUUUUGACUGUGUCAUCAAUGGGCGUUUUAUAAGAUAUUGGUGUUGGUCCUUCGAGCAUUAUAUCUUCCAGAAUUACUAGAGACUCAUCUACAAGCUCCAAUAUUAGAUUAUAUCUCUACCUAUGACCCUUUUCAAAAUUGAUUUAUCCUAUUUAUUAAAUAUUAUAAUUAUAUUAUAUAUUUAAUAUAUGUAUAUAUACAUACAUUAUAUAUAUAUAUAAUAUUUCACGACACUUUGAUCAAAAUUAGCACCAAUUUCUUGUUCAGAUAUCUACUGUAGAAUUUGUAAUUUCCUAAACAUAUUACUGGUUGUCUGCUGUCUUCAUUACCAGGCCGGGUCCAUUCGCAGCGGGUAUGUCCAAAGUAAAUGGUAAAUUAUCAUAUUUUGUAUGUGAGUUAUUUAAUGUGUAUUUGUUACAAUACUGAGUUUAGAUUAAAAAUGCACCGAUUUUGACGGCUGGAUCCGCGCUUCAUUUUUACGUUUCACAUUGAAAUCUAUUUAACUGAUAUUAACGCGAAUUUAUUGUUUAUGGCUGGCAAGAAACUAGUUAUAUACCAUAAAUUCGCUUUUUCCAAAUUGAUUUCUUUUCAAUUGUAUUUUUGAGUUAAAUGCAUGUAGAUUGUAAAGAAAUGUGAGCAACGAUAUCAAAAGCACUGCCACUAAUGUAUGGUUAUGUCAUGUAACUACCAAAUUGUUUCAGUAAUAAGAUAUUAAAAAUUUGGUCGAUUA